CUCAUCGCUUUAAUAAUGACGUCAAACAGUAAUUUUGCAGUUCUCGCCCUCCUCGUCGUCAUCGCCAUUGGGGGUGUGGAACCUCAUGGAAAUAUGCUAAUCCCCCUCAACCGGGCAUCCAUUUGGAGAAAUCCCAAAUUUGCGAGCUACAACCCAAGAGAAAAUUGGAACGAUCGAGAACUAUAUUGCGGCGGAUUUAUUAAACAAUAUUACAAUAACGGCGGAAAUUGCGGGCCUUGCGGGGACGACUGGGCCGAGCGGGCGCCUCGACAUCAUGAAAAUACCGGGUAUUUCGGGCAAGGUAUUAUCACCGCAAAUUAUACUGCGGGACAGGAAAUUCCGAUCCAAAUCUACCUCGAAGCUUAUCACAUGGGAUAUUUCGAAUUCAGCAUUUGCCAACUCGCCAAUCGUGGCUCGAUCGAAACUAACGAAUGUUUUAGUCUGACCCUCGAACAGAGCAACGGUUCCGGUCAAAAGUUUAUUGUGGAUAAAGGCAUUGGCAUUUAUGACAUGACGUACCGAUUACCAGAAGGAUUUCGCUGUGACGCUUGCGUUCUCCGGUGGCACUAUGAAACGGGAAACUUGUGGGGCGAUUGUGACGAUGGGACCCAAGGAUUUGGAUGCGGUCCGCAAGAAAUUUUCAGAAAUUGUGCAGAUAUUUCGAUUUAUUAAAUUUCUGAUUAAAUUAUUAUCAUUUUUC